AUGAGUUUUGGGAAAACAAAUCUAAAGCCCUUACUCCCCCCCCUCCUUGAGUGAAAAAAAAAAUUUUGUUCACUCACGGAGGGGGGUUAAUUUUUUUUUUUAAACAAAAAUUUAUAUAUAAAUUUUAUAGAAAAUAUUUUUUCGAAAUUUUAAAAAAAUCCUAAUUUGCAAAAAUUGGAAAGCAAAUAUUAAUUUAAUUUAUAAAAUUUAUGUUUUAAAAAGCAAUUUGUUUAAAAUUAAACAGAAUUAGCUCGAGAUUUCAUUAUAAUCAUUAUCACUUAUAUAUCAAAAAUUUUUUCUCUAAAAAAAUUUUUCUAAUAAAAAAAUUUUUGAUCACUCACGGAGGGUGAGUUUUUUGGGCAAAAAAUGGCGAUUUUUCUAAUGGUUUUUUGUUCACUCACGGAGGGGGGAGUUAGAUGAUUCUGUGGCUGAGCAGCCUUCAUCUCCUGAGUCCCCAUUUCCAGGAGGAACUAUUUUUCAAAACAAUAUUUUUGCUUUAGAGACUCCUAGGUGGCUUAGCAAAGCUCACUAUUUUGAAGGUCCUGAGUUUGCUGAAGAAGAAAUUGAUGUCGUUAACGAAGAAAUUACGAACCAAGAAAAUAUUUUUAAAAGCUGUAUGCGCACCAAGACGACGUAUAGUGAGACAAGCAGUUCAAAUCCAAUCUCAAAACAAUCUUUUUUUUCUAGCAGAACUAAAAGUGUUAUUGUGCAUAAGACUGAUUUCAGCUUUGCGAAUGAUGUUGAAGAGCUCAAUAGUGCCAAAGAAAGAUUUACAGCUUUACACUGUUUAUUACUAUCAAAACUUAAAAUAGGGCGUUUUGCUUAUAAAAAGUGACUCAGCAAUUGGAAAAGAGUGACCAUAUUUAAAAAUAACAGAUCUGAGCAAGGAUUUUCUCAGUACUGGAAACUCCAGUAUGUGAUUGAGAAGUUUCAAGGCAAAAUAAUAGAAAAUGAAAAUAAAUCGGAUCAGCUAGACAAAGCUAAAAUUAAAAAUGCCUUAAAUAGAAUGAAGCUGAGAGCUGAGCAGAUCAAAAAGAAAGAAAUAAGAAAAAGGUGGCUGGUAAGGAGAAUUUAUAUAAAACUUUCCAAAAAUUUGAAUACCUGAUAUAAGGAAACUUUUCACAAAAUAAGAAUAUAUGGAAAGGUUAAGAGUUUUAAAUUAGAAGGACUGAAAAAAAUACGAGCAAUCUUAGAGAGGCAUUGCCCAUUAGAAGAGAGGUUUAAACUUUGAAAAGAAAGCAUGAAAGAUAAAGAUGUCUAUAGCUAUAUUUUAGAAGAUGAAAUUAUUAUUCCUGGAAUUAAGAAGAAAUUAGGAAUAGGAAAAAUUGAGAAAGGCAAAAAGAGCAUUUUUCGAUCAUUAAAUAUCAUCAAGACCAAACUGAACAAUAAAAAACAAGUAUCAAUAAAAGACACAGUCGAUUUAUCCUCGCUUCACAAAAUUAAAGAUAAUGCCAUGCUUUUGGUUUAUGGAAUAAACCAAUUUAUUGAAAAUCAAAAGAAGCUAAUUGAAAAAUCAUUAGACAGAGAACUGUUAGCGUUGAAUGAAUCAAUUGAAGCUUUAAAUCAAGAAAAAGUUAAAUCAGAACUUCAACGUAGCUUAUUGGAAAAUCAAAUUGAUAGUCUCAAACUUAGCAACCAAAAAACUGAAGAAUUAAUUUUACUGUUAAAAAGUUCAUCAUCUAAAUUAACUCUUGACAAGCUAGAAACCAAACAUCAAGACUAUCCUAUAAGCCCAACUGACAGCAAAAGAUUAUUCAACUCUCUCCCACUACCCAGAAAGCGUAACUUCUUAAGUUUCAGCUCUUCUCACACGCUUUUAUCUAAAACAAAAACAAACUCUCCUAAAAUCAACUCCGAACCUGUCAGAAUUAAGCUUAAAGUCUCCUCCUCACUAAGUCCAUUACACCUUCUUUUUCUCUCCUUUCUUAUUGGCUGCUUCCUCUGUUAUUUAAUUUCUUACUCUCCUUCUUUGAGAGCAAGCAAAAAAAUAUAUCAUAAUAUUUUUGAAUAAAAAUAUUUAUAUAUAUAAAUUUAAUAACUUUUAUAGCUAAUUCAAUUAAAUUAUAGGCAGAAUGCAUUCAUAAACAUAAAUUUUAGAUUUCUCUUCUCUAACAUUUGAAUAGUUUUUUAUAUAAAUUUAAAAAAGUACCUUUAGAAAAACCUCGCUAACACUUAAUGCAAGGAGUUAA